UCGCUUCGAAGCCUCGGCCUCUUUUUCGCUUCCCCCUCCCUUCCGACUCCCCAACGGCGGCGGCGGCGGCGGCGUGGUGCGGCGGCGAGGGUUUUAAGUAGGCUGCGCGGCGGAGAACGCCGGGGACGCGAGCGGAGUGAUCUAGCCUUAUCCUCCUUCGUCGCCUCCGGAUUGGUUUCGCGGCGGCCGGCCGUGUCUCCUGACUGCGUCUGUGGCCGGGAUGAGGGUGAAGGUGAUAUCGCGCUCCACCGACGAGUUCACGCGGGAGCGCAGCCAGGACCUGCAGAAAGUAUUCCGCAAUUAUGAUCCAGCACUUCGUUCUCAGGAGAAAGCGGUUGAAUACACCAGGGCUCUUAAUGCUGCGAAGUUAGAGAAGAUAUUUGCUAGGCCAUUUAUUGGAGCAAUGGAUGGCCAUGUUGAUGCUGUAUCAUGCAUGGCGAAAAACCCCAAUUAUUUGAAAGCAAUAUUUUCUGGCUCAAUGGAUGGGGAUAUUCGUCUGUGGGACAUUGCUGCAAGGAAGACAGUCUGCCAGUUCCCUGGACAUCAGGGUGCUGUGAGGGGUUUGGCGACAUCUACUGAUGGUGAUCUUCUAGUAUCAUGUGGUGUUGACUGCACUGUUCGACUAUGGAAAGUCCCUAUGCUCAAGAUGGUAGACACUAACGAUGCUAUUGGAGAUGCUUCUCAGCCAUCAGCGGUCUACACCUGGAAGCAUGCGUUUUGGGGUGUUGACCACCAGUGGGAUGGCAAUCUUUUUGCAACUGUAGGUGCUCAGGUUGAUAUAUGGGAUCAAAACAGGUCAGAGCCAAUAAAUAGCUUUGAAUGGGGUAAAGAUACAGUUCUGUCCGUGAGAUUUAAUCCUGGAGAACCUGAUGUUCUAAUUACAUCAGCUAGUGAUCGGAGUAUAACACUUUAUGAUCUACGCAUGUCAUCCCCUGCUAGAAAGCUAAUCAUGAAGACAAGGUGCAACUCAAUAUGCUGGAACCCUAGGGAGCCUAUGAACUUCACUGCCGUAAAUGAAGAUACAAAUUGCUAUUCCUUUGAUGCUAGAAAGCUUGAUGAAGCCAAAGUUGUUCACAAGGGCCAUGUUUCAGCAGUGAUGGACAUUGAUUAUUCACCAACAGGGCGUGAAUUUGUUACGGGUUCCUACGAUAGAACAGUGCGGAUCUUCCAAUAUAAUGGUGAUCAUAGCAGGGAGAUAUACCAUACUAAGAGGAUGCAAAGGGUGUUUUGUGUGAAAUACACCUAUGAUGGAACCUAUUUGGUUUCUGGCAGUGAUGAUACGAAUCUUCGGCUGUGGAAGUCCAAAGCUUCAGAACAGUUGGGAGUUCUUCUUCCAAGAGAACGCAGAAAACAAGAAUACCUAGAUGCUGUCAAGGAGCGGUAUAAGCACCUUCCCGAAGUCAAGCGGAUUGUGAGGCAUAGGCACUUACCUAAGCCAAUCUACAAGGCGGCCAACUUAAGGCGAACGAUGAUUGAAGCAGAAAACCGUAAAGAAGAAAGGAGGCGUGCGCACAGUGCCCCCGGGAGCAUGCCUGUGCAGCCCUUCAGGAAGAGAAGAAUAAUCAAAGAAGUAGAGUAAAAUGGAAGAAUAUGUGUGGCACAAAACCAAACGCCGCGAUUUUACAGGUCUAGCUCAAGACGGGGACAUGUCUAAUCAUCCACCAAACCAUUCAUCGGAGAGUGACGUCUGUUGCAAACAGUGUUUAGAAAGCAGCCCCAGCAGCAGCAGAAAUCGAAGGGUCUAUGGUUCAUCAGUUUAUAAAGGGCUGAAAUUUUUGCUUCUGCUCAAUUUGUUGUAUCGUUUUGCUUGUAACGAUUUAUGAACCUUCUAGUUAUGUAUCUCGUAUUACUUUUCUGAUGAGUAACCUGUGUAAUAGCUAUGUCGAAUGGAACAAUACAUGUGUGGCUCUGUCAGCACGCUGAUUGUUCUGC